AUGACUCCACCAAAAUCCUUGUUGGGUCUCCUUCUGAUCGCCGGAUUCUUGUUGAGUUUCGCCAGAUCCCACCAGAACCUGACCGCGUAUGAGGUGCUGGAGAGUUAUAACUUCCCCAAAGGAAUCCUUCCCAAGGGAGUGAAGGACUACGUUUUUAAUGAAGAUGGGAGCUUCGUGGCUUAUCUCGACGGUUCCUGUAAGUUUGGUAUCGAGGCGGGCUACACAUUGAACUACGGUAGCAAGAUCACGGGCGUCCUGAAAUAUGGCUCGCUGAAGAACUUGCAGGGCGUGAGCGUGAGGGUCCUGUUCGUCUGGUUGGGCAUCUGGGAGGUCAGCAGGGGAGACGAGCAACUGGACUUCUACGUAGGUCCUGUCUCUGCGUCCUUCCCUCUUUCGAAUUUCUACGUCUGUCCACGGUGCGGGUGCGGCCUCGAUUGCGACGACGACGACGAUGGUGAUAGUAAAGUGGCCAUUGCGGAUUCUUAG